CGGACCUUGAACAGUUAAGGCCAUUGCCGAAGAUCCAGUUUUGAAGUCCCGCGGCUUUGUUGUUUAUAUUAUUAAAAUUGAAACGUGCCUCGAGUUUGCUGUUUCGUAUCCAGCGUGCAGCGAACAGUUAUUAUACUCCGGUGCACUGCAUUUGUAGGAAAGCUGACCACUACUAUGUAAAACACGUUCACGCAGGACACUUUUCACGAACGUCAUCAUGAGACAUCUGCUGAGACAGUAAACUGGUUAUCCUGAAUAUUUAACACUUAAACAACUGUGCUCGUGACCGGUGGAAGGAAAUCGGGUGACCAUGUCAGGGUUGAAGUGUGCGGUUUCGCUACUUUUGAUCUGCCUAAUUGUAGACGAAUCUUUGGGCGACACUAGAUUCCUUUCGAAAACGAAUUACAGUGUUUCCGAUCUUUUCAAAACUAGGAACAACAAUUUAAAAAUACCCCAAGAACCAAUUGCCGUAACGAAAAGUCCGUGGCACGAGGUUAAUUCCAAAAUCGAGGACGACGUCUCGAUUUACGAACAAGGUAAUUCGAAAUUCGAGCGCAGGCAUUCGUUCGUCGAAACAUCGACGUUUAACCCGGAUGUGCUGAAUAAAUUCCUCGAAGAGUACGCUACCAAGAUAAAAAGCACGACUGAGAAAAAUUACAAAUACCCGUUCACGGUUAUUGAACCUCCAGUCGAGCCUUUCCAACUUGAAGUUCAUGAUUCGGUGGUUGAUGAGUCAGAAACGAACGACAAGGAAAAUACGACAGCGUACACUAACUCAGAACUGGAUCAUCCCCAAGGUGAUGAAAACGCCAAUGACACAUUCGAAAGGAACAAACAGUGGGGUGGCAGCAAUUCUUAUGACGACCGGACCGGCUGGGUUACCCUGGAAGCGAUCCCGUGGUCCAAGAGUAAGAUUUCGAAGUGGCAAGCAAGCCAAGACGCACAAAAACCUUGGCCGGAUCAUCGCCCGUGGGAGAAGCCUCAAAGCGUGGACAGACCCUGGCAGCAGAGACCAUCGUAUAACGACGACAACGUUCCAUGGUAUGACAAGCCGAAGCCUCACUACCCGGACAACGCUGGUAACAAAAAACCGUGGUUCGAAUCUGACCGUCCAAAGCCCAGCAAACCGUCACGACCGUCGUACUUCGAUGGGGACGAUUUUGAAGACAGGCCUAGCUACGCCCAAAAGUGGCCCCCGGAAAAACCUUGGGACAAAUAUGCGGACUCUUUCAAACACACGUCGGACAUCAUCACCGACGACAAACCGGCUAACUUUCCCAGCAACUGGGACAAGCCGCAGAUAUCGAAACCGUCCUACAAUUUGGACAGGUUUGGAGACGGCAAUCGGGAGCAGACGACGACCGGAUGGAACAGUCACAAGUACGAAUUUCCUCCGAAGUACGAGGAGCUGAAUAAUAGACCGUCGAACUUUCCGCAACCCUCGUCAUCCUUCGACAGACCCCAUUUUUCCCACUAUCAGUACUCCACCGAUCAUCCACCCACCCACCCCGCCAAUGGCGAUGGGCAGUGGGUUCUGCUCUCGACUAAUAGAGGAUACACCAAAUCUCGUCAAAGGUCGAUCAAAGUAUCAGCGACAAAUGGUGAGCCUCAGACCUUGGCCCAUGGGAAUCGUGAGAAAAAUGGUCCGGAUCCAACUGUGCCAGUGAUGUCGUCAAGACGUCAAGUCAGAUUGACAGUUCUGCCUUCGGUGAACGGUACUAACACCACGACCUCCCACGGAGGCCUUUUGGAGGUUGAGAAGACCUUCAAGACCGUCGAUCAGAGCCAAAGAGAAUACGAAGAUACGAAACAGACGACCGCUUCCUCCGUACUGACCAGGAGGCCGAUUCGCAAUGCUGGAAAAAAGCAGCCGUCGAAUUCGGCAGUUUUGGCAGCUGUCGGAGCCGGCAUGUUGCCGGCGACAAUGGCGAUGAUGAUACCGAUGAUGCUGGGGAGAAAAAGGCGUGCCGCCAAUCCUGAAGAAUUCGAAAACACUCUGAAAUCAUCGAUCUUUGAACUGAAAGACGACUUUAUUAGUAAGCUAAGCAAUCGAAGAAAAUUCAGAAAAUUACGAAUGUAGUAGCUGCUAUGUGUAAGUCUAAUCGGGUCGAGAUAAUUAUUGCCCAAAAGACAGACCAAAAUUCAUAUUCAAUCGAUUCUUCAGAUUUUAAACACGAGGCAUAUUAUGGGUAUGUUGCUCAGCUCUCAAAUUUUCGCUGUAUUGAGAGCAACGAUGUUUGCAUUUAAUCUUAAUUAGCUAGUUAAGCUUCAUCUACAAUAGUGUUAGACAUUUU